GCCAGAUGUGCGGGAGGGUGAGAGGAUUCGCCAGAGACAGAGUGGGGAGCAGAACAGGCAGACAAUAGAAAUACACUGCUGAGGGGAGCAGCAGGUACGACAGGAGAGGUCUGCUGCGCCAUGUGGGUUUCUCCCUGGCCAGCCCAGAAUCGAACCCAUGCUGCAGAGGCUGCGGACAGCUUCAUAGCGUGGUGCUCAACCCGCUGUGCCACUGGGGAGGCCCCUCUGCCAAUUUUUCAUGUUCAUAGAAGACUGAAGAAACCUGGAUAGUUGAACUCCUAGAUGGACCUAGGGAAAAAAAAAACAACCUAAUAACUAUGAUUCAUUUCAAUUGGGUGUUUGUCCCAUCAUACCUUUCUCUAGGAAUCUAGUAGGGCCAAGGAUGGUUUGGAACGUCUGCAAGUGUGAUUUCUCCACAGAUGGGAAGAGAAGAGACUAGAACACAGUAGAAAAACCAUGGGAGGGGGAAGAAAGAGGUAGAGGCUAUAGGGAGACCCUUGGGGCAGAAGAAACAGCCUUUAGAAGGUUGAGUUUGCUGUACUCUUUGAAGCUAGCAACCAUAAAGCUGUCUGUGAGAACCCACAGAUAGUCAAGGGCUAGGACACUAAUAUUCUUGUAAUUUCUGGACAUCCAGCACCAGCUGCACUAUGGUCCUUUCAGGGGAAGUCUGAGAAGGAUUAGGGAGCUUCUGCGUCCCUCCCCUUAGCCCCCUCAGCAUCCUCAGGGAUAGAGGCUCACUCUCUUAUACUAAUGAGUUAGGUGGGACAACCACAUGCAGAAGAAAAGGACAAGGAGCAGGCCAAGAAACGGAAAAUGCAAAAAUGAAGAGGGAAAGGGGUUAAGAGGCAGACAGGGAAGGACACGUGAAAUAGAGGUGGAGGAAGCUGUCCCUGGAAGAGAGGCAGAUAAGUCCGUGAAAGUGUUAAAAGGAUGUAGUCAGUCAACAAACGUUUGCUGUGCACCUACUAUACAUUCAGCAAUGUGCUGGGAAUGGGAGGUGCAGAGGUAGGCAAGACAAACAUGGAACUUUUAGGUAAAAUGUGAAGAAUGGGUAGCUUUGAAAAUUAGGAAUGGGGAGGACACGACAACUUAGAGCAAGAGGCUGAAAGCACUUGGAAACAAGAGAAAUAAUACCGAGAGCAAACCUGCCCCCAGAUGCACCAGGGGAGGAGAUCUUGUCUCCCCUGAUUGAUGUUGAGACACAGCUGGAACCACCUGUCGGCUCUGACUCCAGGAAAGGAGGCAGAUCCACAGACCAGCAUGGCUGCCACUGCCGCUGUCAGUCCCAGUGACUACUUGCAGCCCGCUGCCUCCACCACCCAGGACUCCCAGCCAUCUCCCUUAGCCCUGCUUGCCGCAACAUGUAGCAAAAUUGGCCCUCCAGCUGUUGAAGCUGCUGUGACGCCUCCUGCUCCCCCACAGCCCACACCACGGAAACUGGUCCCCAUCAAACCAGCCCCUCUUCCUCUCAGUCCCGGCAAGAAUAGCUUUGGAAUCUUGUCCUCCAAAGGAAACAUACUUCAGAUUCAGGGGUCACAAUUGAGCACGUCCUAUCCUGGGGGGCAGCUGGUAUUUGCCAUCCAGAAUCCCACCAUGAUCAACAAAGGGACCCGAUCAAAUGCCAACAUCCAGUACCAAGCAGUUCCUCAGAUUCAGGCGAGUGGUUCCCAAACCAUCCAGGUACAGCCCAAUCUCACCAAUCAGAUCCAGAUCAUCCCCGGCACCAACCAGGCCAUCAUCACCCCCUCACCAUCCAGUCACAAGCCUGUCCCCAUCAAGCCAGCCCCCGUGCAGAAGUCAAGUACUACCACCACCCCCGUGCAGAGCGGGGCCAACGUGGUGAAGCUGACAGGUGGGGGAGGCAACGUGACACUCACUCUGCCUGUCAACAACCUCAUGAACACCAGCGACACCGGGGCCCCCACUCAGCUCCUCACGGAGAGCCCCCCUACCCCACUGUCUAAGACUAACAAGAAAGCCAGGAAGAAGAGUCUUCCUGCCUCCCAGCCCCCGGUGGCCGUGGCUGAGCAGGUGGAGACAGUGCUGAUUGAGACCACCGCAGACAACAUCAUCCAGGCAGGGAACAACCUGCUCAUCGUUCAGAGCCCCGGCGGGGGCCAGCCGGCUGUGGUCCAGCAGGUCCAGGUGGUGCCUCCCAAGGCUGAACAGCAGCAGGUGGUACAGAUCCCUCAGCAGGCCCUGCGGGUGGUGCAGGCCGCAUCUGCCACCCUCCCCACGGUUCCCCAGAAGCCCUCCCAGAACUUUCAGAUCCAGACGGCUGAGCCAACGCCUACUCAGGUCUAUAUCCGUACGCCUUCCGGUGAGGUGCAGACAGUCCUUGUUCAGGACAAUUCUCCAGGAACAGCUGUAACCACCUCUACCACCACUUGUAGCAACCCCGCGUCCCGUGCUCCCCAUCUGAGCGGGACCGGCAAAAAGCACUCUGCUGCGAUUCUCCGGAAAGAGCGUCCCCUGCCAAAGAUUGCCCCCGCUGGGAGCAUCAUCAGCCUGAACGCAGCCCAGCUGGCAGCAGCGGCGCAGGCCAUGCAGACUAUCAACAUCAACGGCGUCCAGGUUCAGGGUGUACCAGUCACCAUCACCAACACCGGAGGCCAGCAGCAGCUGACGGUGCAGAAUGUUUCUGGGAACAACCUAACCAUCAGUGGGCUCAGCCCCACCCAGAUCCAGCUGCAGAUGGAGCAGGCCCUGGCUGGAGAGGCCCAGCCUGGGGAGAAGCGGCGCCGCAUGGCCUGCACUUGUCCCAACUGCAAGGAUGGGGACAAAAGGUCUGGAGAGCAGGGGAAGAAGAAGCACGUGUGCCAUAUCCCUGACUGUGGCAAGACUUUCCGGAAGACAUCCCUGCUGCGGGCCCACGUGCGCCUACACACCGGCGAGCGGCCCUUUGUCUGCAACUGGUUCUUCUGUGGGAAGAGAUUCACGCGGAGCGACGAACUCCAGAGGCACGCACGCACCCACACAGGGGACAAGCGCUUCGAGUGUGCCCAGUGUCAGAAGCGCUUUAUGAGGAGUGACCACCUCACCAAGCAUUACAAGACUCACUUGGUCACGAAGAACUUGUAAGGCCAACUGAGGCGGGAGGCCAGAAGUUACACUCUCCUGUCCAUGUCCUGCCUGGGCCCCUGGCUGAAAGGAGGCCUACAUCCGCCGGGGGCCCUUCCUCAGCCCCUCCUUCCUCUUCUGCAACUAUCCCCAUGGGAAGGGGCUCUGCUGCCCCUCACUUGCCCCCUUCUGGCUCCACCCUGGCCCUUCCCUCUCACCAUGCGCUCCCGGCCUGCCCAGACCAUGGACACUGGCCGUGCCCAAUGAGACGUUCUAAAUCAGGACGAGUGGGAACCCUUAUUUCCAAAGGAAAAACAUGAAUUUCACUCCGUCGAGGAGCAAAGUGAGCCCCCCUCCCUCCCCAACACUGCCGGAGUUGCAUUGUGCCAUGCCCCUCUCUUCCUGCACCUUCCUGGCCCUCCAGCCACCCCGGACGCCCCCAGGCCCUGCACCCAGGGCACCACUGGCAUCCACCUCCAGAGAGGCUCAAGAGGCUGCCUCCACUCCACAUGCCUGGCCCUGCCACAGCUCUCCUCCAGCACAUUCCAACUUUCUAUUUAAAAAGUCAAGCUCCCCACAGAUUCCCCGAAUCUUCUCUUUUUCUAUGGAGAACGUUGCCUUAUACUCAACUACAGAUGAUGAACACUGUGUAUUGUGUGUGCUUUAAAGUUUUAUUUAAUUGCCCCCUUCUUCCUGUCCUUGUUACUCACUUCCCCCAUGCCUGCUUUCAGUUUAGGGUUUUGGGGGGCAAUGAUGAGCAUAUGAAUUCUUUUCUCUUUUUCUAAAUGACACAGCAUUUCAACUCAAAUCUGGAUUCAGAUUAAAACACCUUCACAUCCUGAACCUCUCCCCCUCAUCUCACUCCCCACCAGCCCCAACUCGACUUGUGUACAGUGUAUAUUGUAUAAUAGACAAUUGUGUCUACUACAUGUUUAAAAAAACAUAUUGCUUGUUAUUUUUGAGGCUUUUAAAUUAAACAAAAAUCCAACUUUAUUUUUAGUUGUAACUGCUUGAGGUAUGUUUUAUGAAUGAAGUGACAGAUUUGUUAUCCUUUAUUAACAAUGUACUUUGUUGGUCAGCACUGGGCUGACAAAAAUUUUUUCUUGCUAAUAAAUUUAGUUGCCUGAGGCAAAAUCU